CGUUAAGGUUGAAGUAUUUAGCAUCCGCUAAGGCUCGCUCCACCGGAAGGCGGGGGGAGGGUAGUGUAAAUAGAUGAUUCUUACAUAUAGGUGGUAAAGGGGUCUGGAGUAUCAUUCACCGGCGAAUUUCGGGAGUGUAUAGAAUUAGUAAGAUGUUGUACAUAGUUGUUUGCUUGUGCUGGGCGGGAUGCGCGCUCGCCGCGCCUGCGUCAACAGACGUCGUGCCUUUGGAGAAACAGCAACCCACAGUCAUACCAAUCGUAUCGCAGUCUGAUGAGUUAGAACCUAAUGGAACGUACAAAUUCAGUUAUGAAACCGGCAACGGCAUUAAACGCGAGGAGACGUCAUAUGAUAAGGUGGUGCCGAAAGCUCGCAGCGCUGGCGGUGGCAGCAGUGACAGCAACGAAGGCAGUGAGAACGACUCCGACAGUGACGAGAUCCACGUGCAGAUGGGCUCCUACUCCUACACCGCUCCUGAUGGCACUCUCAUAAGCGUCAGGUACAUUGCUGAUGAAAACGGUUUCCAACCAAUCGGAGACCACAUCCCCCGAGUACCGUCCCCGUCUAGCGGCAGUUCAGCUGAGAAAUCUGGACGAGCUUUGAAGGCGGCUGACAACGCGGAGGCUGCAUCGGCGCCUACUGCCGCUGCAAAAUCAGCACCUGCCCCUGAACCUGCUGCUAAAAAAGCAACUGCUUCGGAAGACACCGCAGCAAAAGACAAUUCUCAAGCAUCUACCACGGUUGCUCCAGCUGAUGGUGAAGCUUCAACUAAACCAAAUGAAGAGGAAGCCUCAACUAAAGCGGCUGAAGCCGAUGCAUCAACCACAGAAGCGGCUAAAGAAUCAGACGCAUCCACAACUGAAGCAGCGAAAACAGAAGCAUCGACGACAGAGGCAGCCAAAGAGUCGACUACAGAAGCAGUGAAAGGAUCAGAAGCUAACGAAGGUUCAUCCGCAGAAGCAUCAACAACUGAAGCUGCCAAAGCCUCUGCGCCAGGAGCGUCAUCAACAACAGCUAGUGAACAAUCCACUUCAAGCGCCGAGGCGUCUACGACGGAGGCAGCGAGCACUACUUCAGCAUAAUCAUAACUAUUCCAAGCACGUCCUAUUAUACUGCCUUACUCCUUGAUAUUGACACCGCUAACUAGCGUGUCGACAUCGCGCCAUAAAAGCUUUAGAUGUUAUCCUAAGAAUGUUUUAUAUUCUUAAUUGGUACGGGUUACAAUAAGCGUUAUUGUUGCAAAAUGAAAUAAAUAAAAAUGUGAUAUAUUAUUGUUAUGUCGAAUAAUAAUAGAAUGUUGACAAUUUGUAAAUAUAUUAUUUACUUGUACGGA